GAUUCAUUUGAAGAAAGAUGUCAUUCCAGAACCAGUCAAGUGUUCUUCAUAAAUUCAAGGGGAUCCUCUUUUCUACUAUGUCUUCAGAAGAACUUCUAAAUUCCCUGGAUCUUUUCAAUGCAAGAGAAGAUGAUGUGUUUCUGGUGUCCUAUCCAAAAUCUGGUACUCACUGGAUUGCAGAGGUCAUUGGGAACAUUCCCAAUGCUCGAAUUAGUCUAACGUCUCCUAUCGAGAUGGGAGAUAUUUCUAAAUUUGACGAGCUAAAAAUGAACCGUAAGAGAAGAGUUAUUCCCACACAUUUGAGCUACAACCUGCUACCAGCGAAUAUCAAACAAAAACAAUGCAAGAUUAUCUACAUCGUUAGGAAUCCAAAAGAUACGGCUGUUUCUUUAUUCCACUACUACAGAGAUAACCCGAACCUCCCUGGCAUUGAAACCUGGUCUGCAUUUUUCGAACUUUUCCUAAGAGGAGAUGUUGUAUAUGGAUCCUGGUUCGAUCACGUUUUAAGCUGGGAAGAGCACAAAAAUGACAAAAACAUUCUAAUUAUAUUCUAUGAAGAAAUGAAGAAAGAUCUUUCUAAAAGCAUCAAGAAAAUAGUUACUUUCCUCGGCAUAAAUGUGAGUGACAGCGAAAUUAAUAAGAUUGCUCGGAAAACAUCAUUCAGUGAAAUGAAAAAUAAUGCAGCCAAAGAAAACUGUGAUCCAAAUCAUACUAUCUGUGCCCUCACAUCUAAUAGGAACCUGGUAUUUAGAAAAGGAGCAGUGGGUGAUUGGAUAAACUACUUUACUUCAAAGCAGAGGAGAGUAUUUGAUGAACUAUUCACAGAGAAAAUGAAACACAGUGAACUAGCAAGACGCUUUGAAGAUUACUCUUAAUAUAACUGGGAAAUGAAACCACUUUCCAGGGGCACCUGGGUGGCUCAGCGGGUUAAUCAUCUGCCUUCGGCUCAGGCCAUGAUCCCGGGGGGUCCCCUCGGGGAGCCUGCUUCUCCCUCUCCCUCUGCCCUUCCCCCUCACUCAUGCUUGUUCUCUCAC